AUGGGCUACUGCUACGGCAAUGUAAAGACACAUAAACCCGGCAACAAGCUAAGGCCCAUAAUUUCACAAAUCCCCACGCCCACAUAUAACAUUGCUAAAAGGUUAUGUGCAAUCCUGACCCCUUACACUCCAGACGCCUACAACUUGAAAUCGGCAACGGACUUCCUCGACCUCCUGAAGACCACGGAUAGCAAGGGCAUCAUCGCCUCCCUGGAUGUUGAGUCGCUCUUCACGAAUGUGCCAGUCGACCGGACCAUCGAUUAUAUCAUCAACCGUAUAUACUACAACGAUUCUACCCCAAACCUUGACAUCCCAGAAGACGUUAUUCGUGGACUGCUCGAAUGUUGCACCAAGGAAGCACCCUUCAUAUGCCCACGCGGAAACAGAUACCAACAAAUCGACGGAGUAGCAAUGGGCUCUCCACUAGGUGUCCUCUUCGCAAACUUCUUUAUGGGCUGCAUUGAAGAAGAAACGUUCAAGAACACAGAGAAGCCUGAAAUAUACUGCAGGACCCUGUGCAAAGAUCGCUGGCAGCUGAUACACCACCAAUCAAUAUAG